CUUCCGCUGUGCAAUGGCUACCUCGGUAGCUUUCGUUCCAGGCUCCGAGGAGGAUGAGGAGCCCGGAAGGAAAGCUCGAGGGAGGCCGAGGCUGACGGACACAGACCGGGCCCGGAGGCGGCUCGAGUCUCGCAAGAAGUAUGACGGCCGGCGGGUGUACCUGGGGGAGGCGCACGGUGACUGGGUGCUGCGGAGGGAGAGCGGCGGGGGAGAAGAGCCCUGGAGUGACGCCAAGCUGGCGGCUUACCUGCUGGCACUGGAAAGUGAUGGAAAACCCUGCCAGGAUAAACCAAGGAACGGACAACACCCGAAACAUAACAGAAGUUGCGUGAACAGCCUGCUGAGCUUGGUGACAUGGUACCAGAACCACAGAAACCAAUGCCCGCAUGAACCUGCUUUGUCUGAGCUUGACACAAGUCAUGUCGUAUAUGUCACAGCCGUAUGGCAGUGCCACGGCGGCCAUCAGUUUUAUCAAGAUCUGCAGGGUCCCGUCAAGACACUGAAUCAAAGUGGAUCUGAUAAUGGAGCCAGUUCAGGUGAAUCAUCUUCCAAUGUGUCUCCCAUAGAGCAGACUCCUGAUAUCUGUCACUCACCAGAGCAUACAGUUCACACACUCUACACUCAACCCUCGGGGAGCCUGACAGAGGGUGGGACUCUAUGCACAGAUGGUACCGAGACCGUGGUGUGUGUCCCCAUGGGUUCAGGAACAGGAGACUUUUUUGAAGGAGUGACACAAGAAGCUCUGGGUCAGGUUGUGGCAGCCGGCUGCCCCUCUCAGGUAAUCAUCAUUGCGGGAUCCGGCUAUGAGACGCUGACGGCAGAGGGAAUUCAGCUGGAUGUGGCAGGAGGCAGCGACGGAGAGGAGGAGGGCGCAUGCACAGCACUUGAGGCUGUAUCUUCUUAUACACAGACUGAGCCGGAGGACCAAGUAGAGGAGCAGCAGCUAGAAGGGGCUGUAGCAGAAGAGGACUCGCUGUACGGACUGCAGAGAGAAGAAGUAGAAGUCCAGAAAGAACCUGAUCUCCCCAUGACUGACAGUGAGACUGCUCAAGAGCCUACCCAGGCAGCUCCUGCCUUGGUCCAGGACUUCAUGGCAAACAUUACACAGCAUGCGCCAAAGGAGACCGAGAAGAGGAGGAGCAGGCGCUGCCGGGUACAGGAUGGAGAUGGAGUUCUGGAGACGUUUCACUGUCAGUAUGAAGGCUGCACUCAGGUCUACACCGCCCUUAACAGCUUCCAUAACCACAUGAACUUGGUUCACAGAAAAGGCCGAACCAAAGUGUGCACUGAACCUGGUUGUGGAAAGCGGUUCUACCUCUCCAACCACCUCCGCCGGCACAUGAUCAUACAUACAGGCAUCCGAGAAUUUAUCUGUGAAACAUGUGGGAAAUCAUUCAAAAGGAAAAGCCAUCUGGAGGUGCAUCGAAGAACACACACCGGGGAGACUCCGUUACAGUGUGAGGUUUGUGGCUUCCAGUGCAGACAGAGGGCAUCUUUGAACUGGCACAUGAAGAAGCACCAGGCAGAGAUCCAGUACAGCUUCUCCUGCGAGCACUGCGGGAAACUCUUUGAGAAGAGGGACAGCGUCAAGUUCCACAAACUCAAGAGCCACCCGGAAGGAAGGAUGACGUGACCUGGGGACGUGGUGUCGUCUCUGUGAUAAAGCGGCUCUUAUUGACUGUGUAAGCCCCUGGCGGCAGCUGAAAACGUGGGCAAGCUCCUUUUGUAUAAGGACUCUCAGAAAAACUUCUGAAGGUGCUGUGCUGGACCCCAUAAACUAAAUGGAGACCACCUCUCCGGGAUUUGUGAAUACAAUCCUGCUUUUAACGGCAGUUGUCUCCAGUACUGCUGCCAUUGAUUGUCCAAUUCCAAUCUGGCACUGCAUCCAAUAGAAGCAGAGGCUAUGCUGCCAUUGUGCGGCCCUUUUAAUUCCUGGGUGAAAUCCAAUGUGAUUCCUCUCCAGAUGCUGUUUUUAAAACAUGCUUUUAACUCAGUACUCAUAGAUCUGUGAACACCAGGAAUAUACUUUUUUGUUGAAAACAUUGGUGGUGAAAGAAGGGUUAAUGACAGGUAGUAUGCCCGGCUCCUGAAUCUAAGACGAUACGAAGGACUGAUUAAGGUCUGAGUCUUUACAGCAGGAAUAAUGGACAGCAUGGACGACAGAAUGGGUCUGAUCUACCGGCAAAUUCUGUGUUUCUGUGGUUGCCAGGAGACUAAGGAUUUGUGAAGAAUCGACUUCUGCCUCGUCUGAACUUUUAAAACAAUCACCAUUUAUGAUUCCAGGUAGAAGCCACGCCGCUACGGCAGUGCUCCACACCAUGCGCGACACACUUUCACUUUAUUAUUUCGGAGCUAGCAGCUGGUGUCCCCGGCAUCGCCCCUUCCCGGCGAUCUGUCGACCCGUCUCAUGGUAUUGAGGAGGAGGAAGGCAAGACAAGGUUUGUAGAUUUCCACAGACCUCACAGGAGAUUGUGUUAACUUCCUGUGCUUUCUACUUCUUCAUCUCCAAAUGAUGUGUGAAUCGGCUUUUUUUAUUUAAAUAAAUUACGAUACAUUUCUUA